AUGGAAGAAGAAAUUGGGCAACUAAAAUCUGUGCUUAGGUCGUUAGUGGUCUCCAGCCCGACGCAGGUAGACGUUCGUUCGCUUCUGCGUGAUUACCGAAAUAUGAUCGGUUCAACAGUGCCACUCCGCAAGUAUGGAUAUAAUAACCCCGUAGACUUUUUUAAAGAGAGAUUCAGUGACUGUUUUUUGUUUAGUGGACCAACUUCCAAUCCUGUAUUAACACUGAUAGUCCCUGAAACAUUGAAACAUAUAGACAAGUUUGUGCAAAAGCAGAAAUCAUCCAGUACCAGCAAAUUUAAUCCAAAAAGAAGAAGUGUACCAGAGGAAUUAGUAAACACAAGUCAGAACAAACCUUUAUCUAAAACAAAAAACAAAAAGCAUAUAUUAUCACAACCAAUAGAACUGUCAAAGGAAUCACAUGAAAAAUCUUCCAGCCAACAAAUAUGCCCUGUAAAAUCUCACAUAUCAGUCAGCAAACCGAGUAUACCUCCUACUCCUACUGAAGAUCAUGUAUCGGCCUGCAAACCGAGUAUACCUGCUAGUAAAUCUUUUGCGUCUGGCAGCAAACUAAAUAUACAGUGUAGCAAACAUAAUGGAACUAAGUCAUUUAAGUCGGUAAACAAUGUACCUCAUACAGAUCAAACUAAGCAUAAUGGGGACACAAAUACGGUGAAUAGUCAAGAAGUUCUAGAAGACAAGGACAAAACUGACAGUAAAACAGAGGAUAUACCUAUUAACAGUACAGAUGCUGUAAAGAAGUUUUUAAAAAAAAGGUUACCUUUAUAUCAGAGUGAACAAUAUUUACAUGAAGAAUCGGCAGAGCAGUGCAGCAAGACACUACAUGAUGACACUUCUGGGCAAUAUACAUCAUCUAGUGGUAGUAGUGCAAAGGCACAACAAUUGGAGCGGCUAAAACAAGAGUUAAUGGUACUGAUUACUGAUGCACCGGAUGGGGUGUGGUGCACUGAUCUUCUUAAACUGUACAAAGAGCGCUACGACCGAGAGCUAAACUUCAGCCGGUUCGGCUACACGAGCAUCCUCAGCCUGGUGUACAGCCUGGAGCGGCACGUGCUGAUAACGCGGCCAGACGACACGGGCGACUGGCUGCUGCAGGAGCGGCGGCGCGCCACCCCGGCGCCGGGCGCGCUGCGCGUGCGCCGCCGCACUGCGCCCGCGCCGCGCGCCGACCACUCGGACGACGCCUUACCCGGGAUUGACUUUGACCCUGAUGUGUUCCCCGAGGACUGCAUGCACUUCAUGGAGAGUAUCGAGUCGACAAGCGUGAGCGACUUCCGGCCCGGAGCGAUGGUUGAAGUGAUGAUAGGCGAGGUGUACUCCCCCUCGCACUUCUGGUUCCUUCGGCUCGGGGAAAAUUACAACAUGGCCAUGGAGGAUAUGAUGGACGAAAUGACGCAGUAUUACAGGAACGAGGGUCGGAACCGAGUUCUGGCGCGAGGCGCUGUGCGGCUGGGCCACUACUGCGCCUCCGUCUAUGAAGGAGACUGGCAUCGCUCGCUUAUAGUUAAGAUUAUCGACAGCGACACUGUUAAGGUGCGGCACAUCGACUACGGCACCGUGGACACGCUGGCGGUGUCGGAGCUGAAGCCGCUGAAGCGCUCGUGGGCGGCGCUGCCGGCGCAGGCCUGCCGCGCGCGCCUGGCGGCCGUGCGGCCCUCCGCCGCGGGCUGGCGCUGGCCCCACGCCGCCGCCACCGCCUUCCUCGCGCUCGUCACCGACCGCCGCCUCGUGGCCAACGUCGUCGCCGUCGACGGCAGGGAUAACGUCGCCGAGGUGCUGCUGAUCGACACGGCGAGCGACGAGGACGUGUGCAUCGGCACGGAGCUGAUCCGCGCCGGCCACGCCGACGCGCGCCACGACUCCGCGCUGCACGUGAGUAGCUCGCCCCCCUCCACCUCCAGUGACGUGUCGGCCUCGGCCUCGGAGCUGCAGGGCCGGGGGCCGCGGCGCCUGCGCACGUGGGACGCCGCCCCGCUCGUCACCAGCUCCCUCCUUCGCCGUCGACUAGAGCUGUACAAAAAGUAUCGCGAACCCGCGAACUGCCGCAACUAG